AUGUCUAAACAUAAAGAAGUUUCACCAACACUUGUAUCUCAAGGAAUAAUUGACUUUAAUUUACACUAUGGACCUUUUGCUCAUCACUACCAAAGGUUUACACCAGAGGAUAUGCAUCAAGAACUUGUUGAAGAAUCUGUUCAUAAUGCCCAAUUUUCUCAUGAUGAAAUUCCUGAGGUAGAAACUAUACAUAAUUGGGUUUCUAGAUACUCAGCAGAAAUGAAAAAAGAUGUAGCUGAUAAAAUGUUAGCAAAUUACAAUAAAUGA